AUGACGUCAUUGCCCUGCUCGGUCCAACCGGGAAACUCCGGUGACGUUUGGGCCCUCCCUGCAAAGUGUUUCUGUGUCUUGUGCCCAACCUCCACUGUAAGGCCAAAGCACUACAAGCACACAGACUUUGCUAAUAUCAGAGCGGUCACCUUCCUACCUGCACCAGUCAACGUUUCUGUGGAUUCUAAAAACUUCAGGCAUAUCCUCCAUUGGAACCCUGGGCCUGGCACUCCACCAGGGACAGAGUACAUAAUCUCCAAGAGCUGUGAGGAAAAGGAAAGGCAACACAACUCAACGAUAACGUCAUUUAACUUGAAGCUACGCCACAAGUGCAGAUAUUUUCUGAAGGUCCAGGCAUCUCACAACCAAACCCUGUCUCCAUGGUCCUCCCAUGUCACCUUCACACCUUACAAAGACACCAUAAUAGGCCCUCCAGAACUCUCACUGGCUGGAUGUGGGAAUUGCAUCCAGGUCAACAUUUCACUGCCUAAAGCUAAAAUUGAUAUCCAGAAAUUCUACGAUGCUACUUUCAGAGUCUCGUGGAGGAAAACAAAGGCAGCAACAUCAGAGGUCUAUAAAACACAGAACAAGAGUUUUAUUCUUAGCAACUUAGAAAAAGGAGCAGAAUACUGUGUACAAGUAGAGGUGGAGACUGUUGUGAACAGAAAAACUGAGCCGUCUCCUUGGAACUGCACCUUUACCAGCCAUGUUGAGCAUGAAAAUGGCACUUUUCUUUUAGGUGCAGGUACUGCUAGUCUGAUUUUGGCCCUAAUCACCCUGACGAUGACCACAUAUUGCCUCUACUACACUGGAUUUCUUUGUAGACUGCCGGCAGCUGUGCCCAGGGCAAUAAUUACAGCCCUGAAUGCAGGCUACAUCCUGACCCCAGAGAGGACAACCCCAUGCCAGAUCUCCAUUAGCUCAGAGAUGGGGAAGCAAAUGAAGUAUAAUCCUGCCAUAUCACUUCAAGCCACUGGAGAAGCCAACUCAGAGAUGAGGGAUGAUGAUGAUGAAGAUGAAGAUGACGAGGACAACAUACACAUCUACUUGGACAAAGACAGAGAGCUUUCUUCAGGGGAUGGGCCUUGCCAGGACUCUGGUAAUGUGUUAGGAAAGAUCAAGCCAGCUCCCUUAGGGGACUCUGGUAGUUUGAUGGUAAGGUCAUCAGUUGAGGUGGAGGCACCACACACAGACUUUGAUCAAGAUGAGGAUAAAGCUGUGGAAGCAGAGGUUUCUUUAAUGCAUGGGGGGGAUCAAACUGGAGUCCAGGGAAAAGCCACAGGUGAGGUGGACGAAGAGAUAAUGAAGGAGGUGGUGGAGAUGCAGGACUUCUCAAAUGUCAAUCUGUUCUCGGUCACCCUUGCUGCACUUGCAGAAGGUGAUGAAGAGCAGGAGGAAGAAGAGCAGAGUACAGGCGACUCUCGCACAAACUUUUCCAAAGUGCCCACUCAGGACCAUUUACUUACUUCAGACUCAAAACGAAUUUUUAAUCCCACACACUCACAAACGGAAUCAGACAAUGAUACACUUUUGUCACUGCAAACUACGCAUACAGACAUCACUGUUACUGGAUAUGAGGACAGGUGUGCUCAUAUUUUGAUGCAGCAUGAAUCGACAGAAGAAGAGGAAGAGGAUGAAUUCUCUGGGUAUUUGGGACACAGAUGAUAUGUUGCUCUGACGUGUGCUUUUCUCACAGUCGGUAUAUUCUUUUUGUAAUCAAGAUCAAGAAUCUUUUAAUGCAAUUUUUCUAAAAAUCUGUAUACAUAAUGAAUGUAAUGAAAAAAUGGUCCUCACCAGUGUAAACACUUAAAACUUGCACUGGCUUGCAUAAAGAAGCUGUUUAGCAUCCUGCUGGACCUGCAGCAGAUGCUCCUGUAUCUCUUCCCUGAGUGCAGGAGUGAAAACAGUCCAUGAGAGGGGUGGUGGGGUCCUUUACUCUGGUGCAGGCUCUGGGGAUGCAGUGCUGGUGGAAAUUUUCUGUCAGAAAAGAGUGGGGCAGGGGGGAUGUAUUUGGAUGUAAUUCAAAAGGUUAAUUUUGUUGUGUUUAUCAAUUCUUAAAGACACAACACAUCCCCCAAAGCUGUGAUGGCACUUGUGUUGCCAUCUGCAUUUUGGCAGUUACUGAAAGCCGAAUAGAUGUGUCAUGGUGUCACUUAACUCAUCCCACAAUGUUAUCGUAUUGACCAUUUAUAUUUGAGUAUUUAUAGAGAACAUGUAUUUACACCAGUUUAUUUCAGAGUGAGCUACGUUUAGACUGCAGGGCUUAAUGCUCAAUUCCGAUUUUUUUGUGAAAUCCGAUUUUUUUUGCUAGUUCGUUCACAUUUCCAAUUAAAUGCAACUUGUAUGUGAUCUCCUGUGUGAACCUCACACCGACCCUAAAGUGUCCCGCAUGCGCAGAAGAGGACACAACAACGACACGCAGAGAGCGUGUUCAGUGUUUACGGAAGUAAGCAUAGACGCUAACAGUAGAGCAUGUCUGGCCAUUUUAAAGUUGUUGUCCAGCCGGAGUCAGCAUAUUUAUAACUUAAUCAUUUUAAGAAGAAGGUCAAGAAGGAACAGAGCCAGGAUUUUGGCCCUGGCGUUUUGUGCGGCAGUGGCAGCAGCGUCUGUCCAGAGAACUGUGUGGGUGCGGAGUCGCAGCCAGGAGUGGUGGGAUAGUGAUGUGAGAGGCGUCACAGAUGCAGACUUCAUUCAGAAUUUUCGAAUGACAAGGGCGACCUUUAUGUACAUAUGUCAGCGCCUCUUUUUAACACUCUCAUGGCAAGACACACGUCUUCGGCAGCCCGAAGACGUGUUUUGCUUGAAUGCAGAAUAGUGACGUUUGUCGUGUACCAAUGACGUAUUGGUCGGAUAAAUGCGACCUGGCCGUUCACUGAAGUCGCAUGGCAAAAGAUCCGAUUGAUUUUGCUACUUCCUGGUUGCCAUUUUGGAUUUUUUGGAACAGUGACGUAAAAAGCGUCAUCAAACAGGCUGGACCGGAGAGCAACUAGGGGCAGGACCAGUCAAUGGGUGGGCCAGACUGAGAGCUGAAGACUCUCUUACUUGAUAGACAAGACUGUCUAUCAAGUAUAGCCACGCCCCCUGGCUCCGCCAAAUUUAACGAUUUAUUUAAAAUUCAGUAUUGAUUUAUUUUAAGAUCGGCCACCUGAUCUCUCAUUUUGACCAUGAAAAAUAACGGGAAAAAAAUCCUGAGCUGUAGAAAAUCAGUCUAUCAAAUUUUAUUUUUUCCAGUGAUGAAUUGGGGUCUAUGGAAAAAAAGCUUUUUGGAGCCAACCCUAGCGGAUGGCGUGAUAUUGCAAGUUUUUGACACUUCCUGGUGGGCUUCAUUUUUGGAGCCAGAUGCUACGUCCAGCUUUAUAUACAGUCUUCAUUUUCUCGGCAUUGAAACCAACGGUUCAUGUCACGGUUAGUUCACGCCUGGAUCCGAUACGUAUCGGAAUUAGGACCACAUAUCCAAGUGGCCUGGGUCGCAUUUGAAAAAAUCGGAUCUGUGUCGUUCAGACUGUCAUGAAAAGGUCAGAUACAGGUCGCAUAGGGGCAAAAAAUCGGAUUUGGGUCACUUCAGCCUGCAGUCUGAACGUCAAAUGUCUUUUUAGCUUCAGCUAUCCAUUUUAGAGUCCGAAGGAUGGAAAAAAGGCAGAUCGUUUGAUUUAUUAUUGGAAAAGCAACAGGGAUCCACCAGCAAACAGCAUGACAUGCUUUAUAAAAUAUGAGGUAGUUAUUUAUACAAGCCUUGAUUGUAGAUUCUGCGUGAGCCCACAGUUCUUGUAUUAACUGUUGUAGAACAGUGUUCUUGUAGUCUUGUUCAAAUAUAGUUUACUUAUGCAAAUUUCCCUGGCUGACAGCACACUAUAUUUACAUACCUAUUUUACUCUUGAUCUUGAUAGACCUUCUUCACAACACGCAUUUUAUAGGCGGCAAAACUCAACUUUGACUAACAUAUAUAGCAAAGUCAUAAUAAAAUGAUUGUAUAGCAUUAUUUAUAUAUUGUACAUUGUGUUAUUAUAGCUGAUUCUGCACACCCGUUGUUUUUGUCCACCCAUCUUUUUUGUGUUUUUUCUUUCUCUUGCUCUUUUUUAAUGUACUGAGCUUUUCCCAUCUAAUUGACCCUCGGGGAUAAAGUUUUUUAUCUGAUUCUGAUUAAACAUGGUAAUGACA